CUCGUUUUCUUCGCAAAACCCAAACACGACGUCAAGUCUUCAACCUGCGAGAACACCAUCGUAGCCGCGUCGUACCUUAUUUCUCAUCCCCCCAAAAACACUUCUUCAAAGCCCAAUCGUCGUCAUCGACAAUGCGCGCCGCAAUCAUCUUCGUCGCCCUCGGCGCCGUUGCCGUCAACGCUGGUGUUCUAGCAACUGAGACCGAUACCUUGAGCGCCACCACGACGGUUACCAUCUUCUCUUGCCAUCCUACUGUCACCAAUUGUCCCUAUACUACUACUGCGGUUAUUGCCACCACCACCACCGAAUGUAGUACUUCUACCACGCCCGUCCCGCUGGUUCCAAGCUCCUCUUCUGCUCCCAGCUCCCCGGUUGCUCCCAGCUCUCCCGCUGCUCCAAGCUCCUCUGCUGCUCCCAGCUCCCCGGUUGCUCCCAGCUCUCCCGCUGCUCCAAGCACGACCGCUGUCCCGAUCUCGCCUCCAACCACGGCUCCGGCCAGCGUGUCUGAGAGCUUGACCCCAACCAUUGCCACCUCCUCCAACCCUCCUCCGGCCGCCUCCACCCCUGAGUCCUCGGCUGCCCCGUCUACGCCGGCACCGACGAGCCCAUUGACCACUGCCAACUCGACCUCUGAGGUUCCAAGCACCACCGCGACCCCUACAACCCUCACGAGCGUCACCGUCGUCAAUGCUUCCACUCAGCUGAGCACCACGGCCUCGCCAACCACUGCAACUCCGACCAAGCAGACCUCCGCUAGCUUGGCCGGUCACCUCGGGGUUCCCGGCUUGACCUUGGGUCUCAUGGCCUUGAGUGUCAUCUUCUUCGGAUAGAUUCACUCUCGAUCUCAUGAACACAGGACGGAAGGGAGGAAAGAUGGCAUCUGCGUUGGUGUCCUAGGAUGGCUUGCUAAUUUGUAAGGCGUUGUGGGUUACCGAUGGUCUUGCUUCUUCUUUCCUGCCUGUUCUUUUCUUCGUGGAUCGUCACACAACGGGGGGAGUUAAUGGAGUUAAUGGAUGUAUUGCAAGGUUGACUGAGAUGAAUGGAUGGUAUUUGCAGAGCGCUUUUGCAGCGUGGUGCCAUAGAAUUGAAA